GAAAAGUCAGGCAAACACAAGCACGCAGGCACCACUGGGAGAUCAGAACUUCUAGCAGACUCUCUGCUGCCACAGCUCCACCGAAGGGUGGGGGAGGAAGAGGGGGAGCCUUGCCGGGGGACUAAACUCACAGCUGAGAGGAGAGGCAGGUGUGUGCAGGUGCGUCACCUGGAUCAUGAGGUCAUCCCUCUGCUGGCUCCUCCCACUUCUCCUCAUCUUGGCCUCAGUGGCCCAAGGCCAGCUGACAAGACGACCGAGACCCAGGCCCAGGCCCAGACCCAGGCCCACCCCCAGCUUUUCUCAGCCCCAUGAGCCAUUGGAGCCUACAGACCUGCCCCCUCCCCUCCCACCAGGCCCUCCCUCAAUCUUCCCUGACUGCCCCCGGGAAUGCUACUGCCCCCCGGAUUUCCCAUCUGCCCUCUACUGUGACAGCCGCAACCUCCGAAAGGUCCCUGUCAUCCCACCCCGCAUCCAUUACCUCUAUCUGCAGAACAACUUCAUAACUGAGCUCCCAGUGGAGUCCUUCCAGAAUGCCACGGGCCUGAGGUGGAUCAACCUGGAUAAUAACCGAAUUCGCAAGAUAGACCAGAAGGUACUGGAGAAACUGCCCAGUCUGGUAUUCCUCUACAUGGAGAAGAACCAGCUCGAAGAGGUGCCCUCAGCCCUGCCCCGGAACCUGGAGCAGCUGAGGCUGAGCCAGAACCAGAUCUCCAGAAUCCCGCCCGGCGUCUUCAGCAAGCUGGACAGCCUGCUGCUCCUGGAUCUCCAACACAACAGGCUGAGUGAUGGCGUCUUCAAGCCUGACACCUUCCAGGGCCUCAAGAACCUCAUGCAGCUCAACCUGGCCCACAACAUCCUGAGAAAGAUGCCACCCAAGGUGCCCACGGCCAUUCACCAGCUCUACCUGGACAGCAACAGGAUCGAGACCAUCCCUAAUGGCUACUUCAAGGGUUUCCCCAACCUUGCCUUCAUUCGCCUUAACUACAACAGGCUGUCAGACAGGGGGCUCCCCAAGAACUCCUUCAACAUCUCCAACCUGCUCGUGCUCCACCUGUCCCACAACAUGAUCAGCAGUGUGCCCGCCAUCAACAACAAGCUGGAGCACCUGUACCUCAACAACAACAGCAUAGAGAAGAUCAAUGGGACCCAGAUUUGCCCCAGCAGUCUAGUUGCCUUCCAUGACUUCUCCUCGGAUCUGGAGAACGUGCCGCACCUCCGCUACCUGCGGCUGGAUGGGAACCACCUGAAGCCACCCAUCCCAGUGGACCUCAUGAUGUGCUUCCGUCUGCUGCAGUCCGUGGUCAUUUAGGCCUUACUCUGCCCCCCGAAUCUCCUCUGACCGCACUUGAAUGCCGACGGCCCGGGGGCCCGGGCCCACCAUUCGUGUCCUCUAUCUUCCUUCCUCACUCCCAGCUUUGCCUUUCCUAUCCCACCUUCCCGAGGCAGGGACUAGCCACAUACUCUGCCACACCCGGGGCUUCUAGAGCAAGACUUCUAAGGGCUUGAUUUGGUUCACCCAGCUCAAAGACACUCACUGCACACCCACGCUUCGUCCCAGAAGCACAGAGGUGCGUCUAAAGACAUACUCUUCUCUCCUCCUCCUCUACCCUGUCACUCCUGGGUAAGUUGGGGCCAUGGGCUGACAUCUGGAACUUGGUCCUGGCCGAAGCAAGCAGAAGGCGGUCAGGAGCAGCCCAGAGGUGAGGUUUGGAAAGUCCUGCUGGAGACUCCACCAUCAUGGGCAGGUCCGGCCCCAACAGGCCCCUUAGCCACAGAUCCCGCCUUCCAAAACUGCUGCUCCACCGCUCUGUUCGUUGGCACCAGACAUUGUGCUGGCUCUUACCCAGCCCGCGUUCUCCAGCAAGGAAGUGCAAGGGAAUGGCUGAAGGAGGGUGAAGGAUCAGGGUUCCCGCAGGGGCCUGCAUCUGGCAGUCUCUUCACAGGGCUAGCCGGGGCCCUCCUCUGCACACGCCCUUCUGGCCGGGCCUCUCUAUCUCAAGAGUAAGAGCAGGGAGGAAUAGUCAAGGAGAAGAAUAGUUUGGGGAACCAGGAAUCAGCCAGCAGGAGAGGGGUGGGAAUCAGAGCCCCCCAGGGUUGGGCCCCUGUUCGUACAGAUGGAUCCCACAGCCCCCUUGCCAGUCUGGACAAGAGGCCUGAUGCCCUGGGCCACACGGUGUCCACAGUGAAGGGUACAGAGCCACCAGCCCCGCCCCACCAUCUGUUCCCUAUCAGUGUGGAUGGCCCAAUCCUGUCCAAAGCCCGGAAGCAGUUCAUGAGAAAGUGCUCUGGAAGGGGCGGAGCCCCGGGAAAUCUCCCAAAAGCCUGUUCCACAAGCACAGAUAGGCUUCCCCUCUAAGGCAGACACAUCAGUGACACCUGGUGGCUGGUGCAGGUCACAGCGGGCUCCUGUCUUCCUCCUUGCCCCUCUUUGGGAUGGUUUUACAAGGCCAAGGAGCUGGCCUCAGGCUCCAACUUGAAAAGGCCUGGGCGAUGUGCACAGUCAUCCCUCUGGGAUGUAAAGGACGCAAAGGUACAGAGGUCUCGAGGCGGGGGCUGAUCCCCAUCAUGAGUGAGCACAAGUGGGAACCCUCAGGAACCCAGGUGAGGAGGUGGUUUGUUCCUGUUUGCUGUCUGACCUCGUGGGUCCCUUCUGCCCUCAGCCCCCACGUCUGGAAACCAAGGGGGUGGCUAAGAUGCCCCGCCCAGUUCUCUCCAGCAUCCAUGGUCUAGUCUGCAGCUCUGCUCUUUAAACCAUGCUCUGAUUAUCUAUUAUCCCUGCCCUUUGCAGUAAUUUAUUCCCUGUAUGGACUGUCCCUCCCCUUGAAAUCCCCUCCCCUCCUUGCCUGGGCCAGGUGAGUGGCUUGGCUGGCCUCCAAGCAGAGCCUGGGCCCCACAGGGCUCACUCACCUUCCCCUUCUCCUUCACUCCUCCAGGAGAUGCUGCCCCUCUAUAGCUCCUUAGUGUAUAUGUUGGGGGCGGGGGGGUGGGGGUGGUUGUUCUAGAAGUAAGUAGGACACAUGCCCAGCCUCAUUAGGCUAAGAAAAGUUCCAGAGAUUUUUAAGAAAUUGGAUUAAGCUAGGUCCCUAACUUCAAGAAAUUCCCAGUAUAGUCUGUUUCAUCUUCCUCUUUUGCUCAUUUACAGAAAAUAGGGCCCAUUUCCUCUCAGCCUCCUUCCCUCGUGCUCCCAUAUAAUGCCCCGUCCUUCCUGGCUGCUGCUGGUUUCUCCAAGGCUCCUGCUUAAAGUCAGUAUCUUAUGGUGGCUAUAAGCAACCUGGUGCUAAGGCCUGGAUAAGCCCCGCUUCUGCACCGUCCUCACACCUUGCAACCUCUGCCCCUCAGGGGAGCACAGCACCUGGGGUCCCCCUGGGGGCAGGGGGCAUUUCUGCUCCCCAAACCUAAGCUGUUUUGUUUCAGCAGCAAAACAAUCACCAUCAUCCCAUCCCCCCAUCUAGAUGAAGUCUGCUUCCUCCAUUGCUCCCUACAGCUAUAAGCCAGAGGGGAUUCAGGUGAAAUUGCCUUUAAACAACACCCCCCCCACCCCCCCCCCACGCAUACAAUGUGCUGACUUCCCGGGGAUUUCAGGAAGCCCCUCCUCCAUCCGCAAGUUCAUUCUUUCAGUGCCCCUGGCACCUACGUAGACAGGUGUGUGAGUAGAUGUGUAGGUUACUCUACAUAUAUCUGUUCCUUCUUCAAAACCAUGUUAACUUUGUGAAACAAUUUUUACACUCCAACACGCUUCACAGCAGAGGAAAUAAAGGAAUAUGAAAAAUA